AUGAUUAGCAAACUGGAUAGUGAAGCACUAAAAGGAAGGCUGGGGUUCUCGAACUCUUUUGGAGUAGGAAGCAGAGGUAAGGCAGGGGGCUUAUGCUUAUUCUGGAAGGAGGAGAAGGUGUCUUUUAAUCUUGUAUCUUAUUCACAAAACCACAUAUGCGGAGAUGUCCAAGAUGGUGACAGGGUGUGGAGAUUUAUCGGAAUAUAUGGGUGGCCGGAAGGAGAAAACAAGCACAAAACUUGGACCCUAAUGCGUCACCUGGCAGAAGGAGUGGAGAUUCCGAUAGUUUUUGGGGGGGACUUCAAUGAAAUUUUAGGAUAUGAGGAACAAGAGGGUGGAGCAGGUACGGAAAGAAAGGAAAUGGGCUCGUUUAGAGAGGUGGUAGAUGAUUUGGGGCUUAGAGACAUGGGGUACAGGGGAAGUUGGUAUACUUGGGAAAGGGGGCUAACCCCGGCCACUUGCAAGAGGGAACGGCUCGACAGAGUGUUGGCAGUGCCGGCUUGGCUAACUCUCUACCCAAACACGAAGGUGGAACAUCUCAUUCGCUACAAGUCUGAUCAUGUAGCAAUGGUGGUACGAACACAGGAUCGAAGAAAGGGGAAGAAUAGUCGGGAGAAGAAGGGUUUCAAGUUCGAGACCAGUUGGCUUCUAGACGAAGAGAUCGUGGUAUGCAUGCUAUCUUCUAUCAACGUUUCUGGCAUAUUCUUGGAGAUGAUGUAUUUGAUUAUGUGA